AUAGUUAUCUAUCCCUACUGCAAUGCCGGAUGCCGGGAGUAGGGUUGCAAUAACUAUUCUCGGGAAUAGUUACAUGACAGGUGCGAAACAGCUGAUAGACGCGAAACGCUACUGUAGGUUGACAAAAAAAUAUAAAUUAGUGCUUCGGUAAUUUAUUAAUUAGGAAAGUAAUUGAUUAUUUAUAAAUUAUCCCAUCAUGGACUACGACUUCAAAAUGAAAACACAAAUGGAACGAACAAAAGUAGAAGAUCUCUUCAAUUAUGAAGGCUGCAAGGUUGGGCGUGGCACGUACGGCCAUGUUUACAAGGCGAAAUGGAAGGAGCGCACUGAUGGUAAAGAAUAUGCACUGAAGCAGAUUGAUGGUACUGGUUUGUCCAUGUCAGCGUGUCGAGAAAUAGCGCUGCUUCGUGAGUUAAAACAUCAAAAUGUAAUUACUCUCAUUCGCGUAUUUUUGUCCCACAACGACCGCAAAGUAUUUCUCCUAAUCGACUAUGCCGAACAUGAUCUGUGGCACAUCAUAAAAUUUCAUAGAGCUGCUAAAGCUGCCAAGAAGCAAGUUAUUGUGCCUAGAGGUAUGGUUAAGAGUUUACUAUAUCAAAUUCUAGAUGGCAUACAUUAUCUACACAGUAACUGGGUUCUUCAUCGCGAUUUAAAACCAGCUAACAUUCUGGUAAUGGGCGAUGGUAAUGAACGGGGCCGCGUAAAAAUUGCAGAUAUGGGUUUUGCACGUCUAUUUAAUGCUCCACUAAAACCAUUAGCUGAUCUAGAUCCAGUGGUUGUAACGUUCUGGUAUCGGGCACCUGAAUUGCUUCUGGGUGCUCGCCAUUACACAAAAGCUAUUGAUAUUUGGGCAAUAGGUUGCAUUUUCGCCGAAUUACUAACAUCGGAACCAAUAUUCCAUUGCAGACAAGAGGAUAUAAAAACUAGUAAUCCUUAUCACCACGAUCAACUGGAUCGAAUUUUCAACGUAAUGGGAUUUCCUCAAGACAAAGACUGGGAGGAUAUUAAGAAAAUGCCGGAGCAUCAUACAUUAACGAAAGAUUUUAAGCGCUCCACUUAUUCAACGUGCUCACUUGCCAAAUAUAUGGAACGUCAUAAAAUAAAGCCAGACAGUAAAGCAUUCCAUCUUUUGCAAAAACUAUUACUUAUGGAUCCCAAUAAGCGCAUAACUUCAGAACAAGCUAUGCAAGAUCCCUACUUUCAAGAGGAUCCAUUGCCAACUCAAGAUGUAUUCGCUGGCAUGCCUAUUCCAUAUCCAAAGAGGGAAUUUUUAACUGAUGACGAUCAAGAAGAUAAGGCGGAAACUAAACGUCAACAACAACAGCAACAGCAGCAGCAACAACAACAGCAGGAGCCAAGCGCUAAACGAGUGCGUUUAUCUGGACCACCUGGUACAGGACCGCAGCAGCAGCAAGUGCAACAAACACAAGACUUUCAUCAUCAACAACAACAGCAGCAACAAAUGAUGUUUAAUCAACAACAAAGUUUUCAGCAACGUUUUUAAAUAUGUAUAAUAACCAACUCGAGAACAUAAAUAUAUAUAAGGGCUGUUUAGGACGUUGUGGAGAUGGUCUUGGAUUUGCAUUUGCAAUUUUUAUGCUUACUGCCAUGGCAACCGUGUGCAUUUUAUUGUUGUGAAUUUGCAAAUGCAACGAAUAUGCAAAUGCAAGAGCAUAUGCACAAGAUCCUGAACAGCCCUAUAGUGUAUGUAGGUUAAAGGAAAAAAUUUAUCUCGUGGACUUUCAUUGAUUGUCAUACACAUACAUAAAUAAAUGCUUCGAUAGAGACUCUCAUCUGUCAAGUGACGUGAAAGCGAUUAAUAAUAGUUGUGUCCGUUUGGAAAAUCCAGCAAGAAUUAGCCAGUAACGAAAUUCAGAGAAUAAGGUAACUUACUCUCCCAAAGAGAGACAUCUGCAAGCUUCAGUGCCAGCUGGCGUCCCCAAUUGCAUUUGGAACAUAAUAAUUUUUUCAAUUAUUUCAAGUGGAAAACAAAACAGUAUAUAUGUACAUGAUUCAAUAAUUAAUAAUUAAUUAACUAUUGAAUCAUGAUAUAUAUUUACGUAUAUUUCUUCUUAUUCUGACUUUCUUACGCUUGAAUUUCUUUGUGGUAGUCACUUUCGGAUUUCCUGUAUCGACUGCGGUGUCGACUGCGUUCCGAUUACGAAUACAGGUUUUUCAUCAGAGUACCUUUCGAAUCAUUAAUUAAAUUAAUUGAAUAAACAAAUAUUUACAUUCUUCUUUCAUUUGCAAAUCGCGGUAAGGUUGUACAAUUUAAAUUUAACGAAUUUGUUGAUUCAAAUUAUUGUUGGCACAAUCCUGCUUGCAAAUUGUGCUCUCUCCUUGCAAGGUUUUACUCGUUUUUCGACCAAACGAACACGAUUGUGUAGCAAUUGGUGCCAACAUGUACAAGUUUUUUGCAUAGCGAACAGAACUAAUUUUCAACUUAAUAAAAUAUUUUUUUCUUUGAC